CCACCAAUAAUGAUAAAGUUGCCAAUAAUAAUGAAGCUUUUGAUGAUAAUAAAGCUCCAAAUAGCUUUUGUGAAGUUGCUUCAGUGCUUGAAGUUUCACUCUUUAAUACUUCAAAUGAGCUUAGGCAAAACAUUUCUAAAAAGAAAGCAAAAAAUAA